AUGGAGCGAGUAAGGAAAACCUUCUUCGACCCGCUUGCAACAUCGAAGGCGCGGGUUCGAGAGAUCCUAGAGAAACUUCCAGCUGGCUCCGCACACCCUUUCAGUCCUGAACAACUUCUUCUUUGUCGAACAGAAAGCGGUAUUGAUGAAAUUGAUAUCUCCCCCUAUCCAGAUGACUUUUUCUCCAAGGCCGUGGACAUGGGUGAGAUGGGUGAGAUCCUUCUGAGGCGCAUGGCGGGGUACCCGUCUCAUUUGGAGGUAUUCGAGAAUUUCCAAAUCUUGCAAGCACCAGCUUCAACAUUCAAGAUACCAAUAGUGUCCGGCCAAAUCACACUCCUGGCAGUCUCUGAAAGAACGCCCACUUACUACGAUUUCUGCUUCGCAGAUGCAUCAUCAAACGUGUGUUGCUGGAAUGCAGAACAUACUUUUCCAGGAAUCACCCAUAGCGGCGACCUCUACGUCGAAAAUGAUCUCCUGGAUUACGUCAGGAUCAACAAGGACUCCCUCACAGAGAAAGAACUCUGCGUCUUCAUAUCCGGCUUCAAUUCGACCCCCAUAACAAGAUUUCUAGGAACCCACCCUGCCUUGCUCGUUGCCGAUCAUGUGGAUAAGGUCCUUUAUAUCGUCCCAGUGCCCUUGGAUAAAGCGACAAUUGGGCAGGCAACCAUCUGCUGUCCACUGGUGAUAAAACGCGACGGGGACUCCCUGAUCUGUUCAAUUUUGCCAACAGCAACGACAGAUCUAGAGAUAAGCGCCAAUGGUAGUAGGUUGGAAAGCGCUUCCUACGCAGAAGCGAUCGACCGCGCCGAUUUCUGCAUUUCUGCCACUUCUCCAAAUGCCACACAACGUAAUUAUUAUCAGUAUCAAGACGAAAUAUCUUUAGAGGCUGACUCACAGACAUAUGCAGCCCCAAUAGGUGAUUCCGCCAAAGAGAAAACUAGCACGAGCCCUGAAAUCGCGCGCAAGAUCACCAAAGAAAACGCCGUGUUUACCACCGGUUUGGCCACUCUCCCUUCCUUUCUUGAUUUAGAAAAAACGCAAGUCGUACGUUUUGGGACCGGCAUUGAGUUCGAACUGCCAGGCGAAAAGCUCCCCAUGAAGGCCGAGCCAUCCGCUGUUGUUUUGCCAUGCAUAUUUGGCACUCAGCUCGAAGGCCCAUUCCUAUUGGCAACAGGAACGGUCCCCUCAAAUGUUCCCUUUGCCGAUGAAAUUGCUCUCCAGGACUAUUACAAGCAACUCAAGAGUGCCGUGGUGGUUGUGGACGAUCGAAUGACAGACAAUGCCCGCAAUCUCGCACCUUUCUAUAGAAUCAAUGCACUCUUCAUCGUGCAACUCAGUCCACGAAACAAGCCCAAUUCCGCCGACGAUAUCCAGUCGUUGCUGAACUCAGCAAACAUCAACGCGGUGACGGCACUAGCAGGACCACAAUCCUUGAUUCUCGUUCAAAUAUCCGAGAAAUAUUACUUCUACCGAGGCAUUGCUAAUCGGGCACACAUCAACACGUCCAGAAUCAAAUUUGGCUCUGAUGUGACAUCCAUAAUCGAGACUGUUGAUAUGGAGUCCAUACUCGAUCCACGAAUUCAGCGCAUAAGUACUCUUGGGGAUGGAAAUCCGAUCAUUUUGCCCACUUUAGGCCAGUUGGUCCUGCCUAAAGAUCUUCAGGCGCUGUUCGAAAAGCUUCCAAUAGACCAAGUCAAAGAGCUGGAAGAGGACAUAUCGGCAGCAAUUCCCCAGCUCCAGAUUCUGUUGGUCGAAAAGGACCUACGGGAACUUUCCAGAGCCUUAGUAUUUGCACUAUCAACAAAGAUCAGCAGCGUGACAGCUACAUUGAGAAACACCUACACCAAGUACCUAACCGAGGAGUACAGAAUGACAGAUCCAGAAUCUGCAAAGAAGAAGAAUUCUAUGCUUGGAGAAUUGAGAAAGCUCACCAGGGACACGCAGAUUGCGCUUGAGCCACUGAUUUCAAGCUUGUCCAACAUGAUUUCCACUCGAACGACCUCAAAGCGGACACAUGAUAUGAAGAGACUUAUUCGCCAAACACAAAUUCAGGCCAAUGUUGAGGUUGUCAAGUCCAUGACGUUUGACACCUUGGCGGGCUAUCUUGAGACAUAUGCGGGAGAGAUGGGCGUCAUGCUACUGAACAUUAAGACAUCGUCCUAUUCUCAGCUCUUGGGGAACCUGAAAGACAGUGCCAUGAAUGCCAGUCCAUGCUGCGACCUUGACUCGAGAGUUCUACAUCUCGAGGGAUUUGACGCAGGAAUUAUCAUAGAGCAGUCGCAGGCUAACCACGAUGGUCCACUCCGACGUGGGAAUGGUCUUUCUCACCCAAUCUUGGCGCUACCAUACCUGAGCCAGGGAUUGGGAGCCGGAUCGAUGUUAGCUUGGGUCUGUUGGGAUGAAUUCGUUAACCUCGAAAGUCCUUACACCGUGCGAUGGAUGGAGAAGUGCAACGAAGCGCAUAUUGCCGCACUAAGAAUCAUCAUGAGAUCUACUCUUAGUCAGGCAGUGUCGGCUCGAGAGUGCAACAUUCAACCUAGCAGCCCAGAAACUGGUCAGCUUAUGAGCGCUUUACUGAUGGCGGCUAUGUCGAAGCUCGCGGCGAUGAGGACAACUGCGCCGGUUGUGUCACAGCAGGCCGGAGAUACUGUCACAAGGCUGAUGCGAGGACUAUUUGGCAAUCUGUUGACAAUAGCAGGUUCAGGAGUGCGCCCUCAAAGUAUGGUCUGGCAGCUGUUUGGUCUGAAUUCUCAAUAUGAUCUGCCCAAAACCGAUGCGGGGUGGAACUGGUACGAAACUGUCGUCACUUUGUAUCCUUACACCGGAUGGCCUCUUGAGCAGUUUUACGAAAACCUGCAAAAGUUCCUUGACAAGGCCAUUGUCCGUGUGGUGACUAGGAAUGAAAAAGCGACUUGGGUGAAUGGGAAAGAGAGGAUGAUCAGGUUUUCCAAGCUUCGAAACAUUCAGCUUCAUCAUUCUCGCACAAUUAUAACUGUCUUUAUGCGAAUGCUUACGGCGGAGGAGUCUGAAAUUGCUGCCAUCGCAACUCGUCUACUAAAGCAGCUUCCACGAGAGUUACAGCGACAGAGUGAGAGCUAUACUAUAAUGAUCCGCUAUCUUGAGCAUCUCGCCAACGGAGGCCAACGACGUUACACAGAUGACCUCGUCGCCGCCGCUAUCUACACCAAGCGCUCAGCUGCCUUUGGCCCACUGAAGAGGGAAGUCUCGGAAGCGUGUAAGAGCAAAGAAUGGGCCAAGAUGAAGAGCUCCUGUCAAGCAAUUAUCGACAAACGUGUCGAACUUGGUUCUCUCUGGCACGUCAACCCUAAUACCUUGAAGAUUCACAACCUGAAGUUGUACAAAGCUCUUCUGAACGCAGACUUCGGGGAUAAUAUUGACGAACACACCAAGGCCAAUAACCUCAAACUGAGCAAAAAUGCCUUUGGUGAUGCAGAGAAAGAGCGCAUUCCUUGGCAGAUCGGGAAGAAAGGCCAAUUUGGCGAUGAGAUUGAGCCUCUAAAUGAGGUCUUGCUUAACGAAAUUCUGUUCGGACCAAAGUCGGAAUCCCUCCCAGCCGCUGAUUCGGCUAGGGAAUUAGGAACCGAGACAACUGCCAUGAUUGAAACCAAAGCAGACGAAUUCACGCAGUUCGAAUCAGCGAUGGAGUCUAGUUUCAUCACUGAGAUGCAGAAGGAUCUUUCGGCCGAAAGCGUUUGCCGUAUCCUCAAUAUUCCUACUACUACAAUGCGCGCCUUUAUUAAGGCUCUUAAUCCGCAGUUUGUGUGGGAAGACUUGGGGAAGAACUUCAAGGCCACAAUUCUGGGAUUGCUGGAAAAUCGUUCGAAUCGGGCAGAGAGCCGUCCUGCUAAGAAGUUGCUGGAACUAGUUAGGGAAAGCACGAUACUUCAGAUUGAUGAGUGA